CUUUACGACACACUCUACCAUCUCAGCUUCGCUCAACAUAGUUACCAUUGGUGCUAUCCUACGUUCGUUCCUUGGGAGAUCUCUCUUUUCGGAGUGGCGGUAGAAUGGAAUGCCAACUCGUUACGUGGUUGUCAGACCUCCACUAUCACUUGAUCGGAACUUCACUUCAAUUUGCUAGUCGAGUUUUUCGCACCGCCUUGUGGUACUCGACUUCAACUCACACGAUUUCAAAUUUUCCUUUAGUCCCAAUUCUCCAUCUGUAUUUUACGUCAUGGCCACAUCACUCCACCGAUAUUACCCUUGCCUCUAGAGGCAGGUACUGCACUAAUGCACUGUAGUUCUGAUUUGUUGGUCUGUGGUAUAUACCUGUUAUAGGGUGAAACCAAGUUUGGAAGAAUAACGGCAUCGGGUUUAUGAGUCUUUACAGGGGGUCUGGCAGUGGAGCUGAAGCGUGGUGAGUACAGAGUUCGAGGAAAUGAUGUUGGAAAAGUAAGGAGCUGGAGGCGUACAAAGAAAAAAGAACAAAGCACUUCUCUCCUUUUCAAUAUAACACUUCUGCCUACGGCUCAACAGGCGUACCUCUGUCUUUGUCUAUAUAGCCCGCUCUAUUGUUUUCUUGCUUUCUUACAACACAAUGUAUAGCAUGUGGGCCUGGAAAACAAAAAUCCAACUGCUUUUCAAAGGACAACCGUUCGCAGUAAGAAAUAAGUACCCCUCUUCAUUCCAACUCAUAAAAAUCAUCAACGCAAACUCAUCUCCAGAAUCUCGACCUCAAAAUGUUUGUCGCAUUCCUGCUGUUGGCUCCCUUGAGCGUACACGCACAUGUUACCCAGGAGUUUCCCACUCCCUACAAAACAGGAACGUACGGCGCAUCCAACCCUCUGGAGCCUUCUGGUUCCAACUUUCCUUGCCAACUUGGUACAGCUGGUCUGCCAUCUACAGGUCCCACAGAAGUCACAAUCGGAGAACCUUUCAACAUCACUUUCGCUGGCAUGGCUACACAUGGCGGUGGAAUGUGCCAGAUAGGUAUCCUCCCCGGUUUUAACCCGUCCAAGUCCAAUGCGGACUUCCGAGUCAUCAAAACUCAAUAUGGAUGUCUCACGACUACAAGUGGCAAUCUCGACAGCGGAGCUCCCACUCCGAUGACGGCAACCAUCCCCGCUGGCAUCGAGCCUGGAGAGUAUACUCAGAGUUGGACUUGGGCAUCCAAGACCACGAAUGAGCUAUACAUGAUGUGCGCGCCUAUCAAAGUCGUGGCUAAGAAGCGUCCUGAGCGUCGAAAGACCAAGAGGACCUUGAAUGACCUUCCCCUAGUAUGGCUUGCUAAUCUCGGGGAACUCACCGGGUCUUGUAAAGUACAGCCGCAACAGCUAGUUGUCGAAGUUGCUGACCCUGGUUUAGAUGUCGAGAAUUCGCUCUCUGAAGGCACAAAAAUGUUCAAGGCAGAGUGUAAUGGCAACCCAGCCAUUGGAGCAGCAAAGUCAUUGCCCAGCACCAAACCCAGUGUUCCUUCGUCCUUAAUGACUGUCACUAGUGCUGCUACCAGACCUAGUUCCAUCUUGACUAAGCCAAAUCUUUCAGCAUCUGUUCCGGUAGGCUCUUCUUCAACUCCACCACAACCUUCCCCGUCAGUAUCCAGAUGUCAAGAAGAAGGUCAAUGUAUCUGCCAAGUCAACUCCUUCUCGGUGUGUACAGGUGGAAAAUGGGGACCACCCCAACCGCUGGAUAAAAUGGCCAAAGGACAUAACUGCUUGUAAUGCAGAUAUCUGCCCUUGGCGAUAGGAGAAAAUGAAUCUUCGGUGCUGUAGAACAGGUACCAUCGUCCCACGUCACGGUUGGGACCUUUCAUUCCAACGCUUCUUUUCCAUUCAUAGAAACAACCAUCCAAUACAUUUACUUUUAUUUUCUUAUCAUUUUCUUUCCCG